GUCCCUGGUCUUGCGCGCUCAGCCAAGAGUGGAAGAAACCAGCGACGACCUUGCAUUCUCAGCCUGAUUCCUGCCUAGCGGCCUGAUCUUUCGCAGGUGACUGUGCCCGUGGAGCCCCACUGCGCUCGCCUGCGACCCUUUCCCGGACCUCCCCUGUCGGCGUACCCCAUCCGGCUGUGCUCCACGCCCACCCGGGCUGACGGGAUGGCGUUUGUGAAGAGCGGAUGGUUGCUGCGGCAGAGUACUAUUCUGAAGCGCUGGAAGAAGAACUGGUUUGACCUGUGGUCUGACGGUCACCUGAUCUACUAUGAUGACCAGACUCGGCAGAGUGUAGAGGAUAAGGUGCAUAUGCCGGUGGACUGCAUCAAUAUCCGCAUGGGACAUGAGUGUCGGGACAUCCAGCCUCCAGAUGGGAAGCCCAGAGACUGUCUGCUGCAGAUCGUCUGCCGAGACGGCAAAACCAUCAGUCUCUGUGCCGAGAGCACAGACGAUUGCCUGGCUUGGAAGUUUACACUGCAGGAUUCCAGGACGAACACAGCGUACGUUGGCUCGACAAUCCUGUCUGAAGAGACUGCCGUGGCCGCUUCACCGCCCGCCUAUGCUGCCUAUGCUGCGCCAACCCCUGAGGUCUAUGGCUAUGGUCCAUACAGUGGCGCAUACCCAGCAGGAACUCAAGUUGUCUAUGCUGCCAACGGGCAGGCAUACGCCGUGCCAUACCAGUACCCAUAUGCAGGUGGAGUCUAUGGACAACAGCCUGCCAAUCAAGUCAUCAUCCGUGAGCGGUACCGAGACAGUGACAGCGACCUGGCCCUGGGCAUGCUUGCUGGGGCAGCCACAGGCAUGGCCCUGGGCUCUCUGUUCUGGGUCUUCUAGAGCCUUCAAGGUCUUCUGUGCAUCGCUUCUGUUAGUCCUGUGUGCAAUAAUUGAUCUGCAGGGCAUUUCUGUUUGUGACAAGUGUCUUUUGUAAUAAUUUAAAUAGUUCUUUUGGAGGUGGUAAUCUGAUGAUUGUGACUGACCUGCAUGGGGACCACAGAGACGACCUUGAAGUGUACUAUAAGUGGGAAUCUGAGUUCUUUGGGGGUACUGGCUUGCACCAAGUCUUUCUUAGGGAGCUCUCGGAUGGCCUUAUGUAAACACACCCAUUUAAAUGGGCAUUUUCUGCUCAGUUAGGUCCGGUACUUAAUCAAGGGAUGAUUUUCCCUGCUAUGCCAAUAAUAAUGCUGAUGGAGGAGGAUAUGAAUGAGUGUGGUAAGAAUUCAGCUUCUUUAACUGUGAAAUUUCACUCUACACCUGGCCGCAUAUUACCGUAGAGCUGUGGGCUGGUGGCCCCUCAGGGCGGCGUGUGAGAACCCUAUGAUCUACCCUCAGUAGCUCCCAGGCGCCUGCCAGAUUGACUGCUCAGGAUUGAAAGGGACACUCGCUCCCUUUAUAACUUAUGCUCCAGGAAUCUGUCCAGUUUUAUUCGCUUGUUAUUCUUCUGUUUGCUUUUCCUGGGAAUAAUUGGAAAUCGUCUCAAGUUAGGACUUGAUUUGAGCCUCAGAAUUUGGGGACCUUUACCUUUAAACCCUGCUGAAUGAAGAAUAGUGAGUGGCAAGUGGGCCUCCGAGAGGCUGGCAUCUGCCCAGUGAUGUGUUGCCAGUGUUUUGCUUUAGGUUUGUUGGUUGCCAGCUCAGUGUGUCUGGAGCCUAUUUUUCUACUUGCAGAGGAAGUAUAUGAGGGGAAGGAGGGAGAGCCUUAGUUCUAUUGUACCUGUGUCAGACCCGGGGCCCAAGCUGCCCAGAGCACUCUUGAACUCCUUGAGAGGCGUGUCCUGAGCAGUGGUAGGGCCCUAUGGCUGUCCAGAGUGUGGGGAUGAACCAGAGCUGGGUGGGGACGACUCAGGUUCCUAGGGAGACAUGAGACUGGGUCGAGUCUCAGGGGUUUGUUUUAAUCCAUGUUAGUGGGGAUCCAGUCCCUCCCGUUUUCAUGCCUGACCCACUCAUACUAGAAAAGCCUACAACUAGAAAGUGCCCACAUGUGUGAUGCUCUGGAAAGCCCACAGUCCUAUUCUCUGGGGAAAAUGUAUUUCUAAUAUUAGAAAAUACAUGUUGCACACAUUUAAAUCUUCUGUUCAUGUCGUAAAGCUUCUAAGUCCAGCUUUGUGACCGGCGUGCUGUAAACUGUGUCCUUUCACAAAGGGGGGAGCAACACUGUGAAGGCCCUCUCCUCCACUCACACGGCCCCCUUUCUCCAGAGUGCUCCCAGUGAGCACACACUCGGGCUGUGCCCAGCCCGGCACGUGCGUGCUGCCUUGCUACCCUGCUUGGCAGCUUUCUCUAGGUCAGUUCAGUCUUGAACGCAUCUCCAUGUGAGACAGUUGCCAAGUAGAUGCGAUGGUGCCCCGUGGUGUUUUUCUGCCUACUCCUAGGGGACUUGUUGACACAGCACUGCCCAGUUCUGGCUGAAAUUUGCUUCUCUGUCGUCUCUGGUAGAGGGCUUUGUGGCAACAUGGUUCUGAUGGUUUAUAGUGUCACCUUGAUGAAUGUAAUGUUGAUUUCACAUCCCGUGUUGUAAGAAUGGCUUUCUCACAAUGUUAUCAUUCUUAAACUCCAUGCUUUACUUACAAAACAUUAAAAUCAGUUUUCAGUAUUGCAUAGGGACAUUAAUUUUGAACGUAGUUACUGGGGUUCCUAGAACCAGAGAGUGUUUUUUUUUUUUUUAUUUUUGGUUUUUUGAGACAGAGUUUCUCUGUGGUUUUUGGAGUCUGUCCUGGAACUAGCUCUUGUAGACCAGGCUGGUCUCGAACUCACAGAGAUCCGCCUACCUCUGCCUCCCAAGUGCUGGGAUUAAAGGCGUGCGCCACCACCGCCAGGCUACCAGAGAGUGUUGAAUCAUGCCCCUGAAGUGCUAUUGAAACAGAAUUGUCUCCUACUGUCCCCUGGGUGUGCCCUGCCUAGACCUUGGCCCCAGUGGAACUAGCUUUAACAGGCAGUCAUAGCUGAGCCUGAUAGUAUCUUGCCAUCAGUUGCUUGAUUCUGGAAUGAAAUACAUUCUGGAUAUGAAGAAUGGACUCAGGCAUUUCAUUUCCUCGGCUCCUAUCCUCAUAGAUGCUGUCCCUUUGAUUGCAUCUGCCCUGUUAUUUGGCUCCUCAGUCAGUCAUGGGGUUCAUGAGUUGGCGGGAGUCAUAUGUUCAGGGUUGAGGAGCGUUUCAGGUCCACGGACUUUUACUUAAAGACCCAAGGCUGGAAGAGGUUGGCUGCCGACAUACGCAUGACUGAUUUCAUUGCGCUCUUAGUUCCUUGAGUUAACAACUUUCCAUGUGAAAGAUGGGAGCCCGAGGGCCAUGUCUCAGAUCAUCACUUGUCAAGAAGGCCCAGCUUCGCGUAUGUUAGGUCAUGAGUGCCCACAGUAGCUCGUGGAGCGGAGGAAGUUCCUGCGGUGGAGACAGGAUGAUCCAGACUUAUUUUCACAUGUGUUGUUGCUCCUAUGUAACCUUUCAUUUUGCCUUCUAGUCUGUGUAGAUGAAAGGCAGAAGACAUAGGCAAUCUUCUUGUGAUUGCUUUUGCGUUUCUGUUACUCUGCUGUGUCUACAGAGCCUGUUUCCUCCCCCCCCAUGUGCACAGCGUGUGUAUGUUUGUAAGUGAACUUGUUAAAAUAUUAAAUGAUCAUUAAACUUAAA